AUGAAUCUAAAGCUGGGUCUAUCGAGCAGUGACACCUUCCUGCACUGCACCGCCUUCUUCCAUGUUGGGGGCCUGAACUGGGCGCUGACCGGACUGGAAGCGGGCGCCAGCCAGGUCUUUCUCCCCGACUGGUCGCCGGCGGCCGCCCUCCAGAUGAUCAAAGACGCCAAAGUCACGGCCAUUGCCCUGGUGCCGGCUAUGGCGUAUGACCUUGUCGCUGAGGCGCGAAGAAAGGCAGGCGGGGCCACCCCGGCACCGCUGGCGGGCAUGAGGGUGGUGCUGGUGGGCGCCGGCCGCCUGGAGGGCGCCACGCUGGCGGGCCUGGCGGCCCUCUUCCCGCGCGCUGUCGUGUGGGCGGCCUACGGCCUCACCGAGUGCGCUUCCUCCCUGACCUUUGCCUGCCUGAGAGAACCCGGGGAUGACCCGGGCCCGGCCAGCCUGGCGCCAGCCCGCCGCCAGGCUGGGGGAUGGGCCGUGGGCCGGCCGCCAGCCGGCGUCGAGGUCGCGGUGCUGGGAGGCUAUGGCGACGUGACCCGCUGCGGGGAGGGCGAGCUGGUAACAAGGGGACCGCACAUCAUGAUGGGGUACUGGGCGGACGGCGGUGCGCAUCGGAGCCAGUCCAUGGCGCAGGGUUGGCUGAGGACGGGGGAUGCCGGCGCAGUCGCCGAGGACGGUUCGGUCUACCUGUCCGGCAGACUGAGCGACACCAUCCGGUCGGGGGGGGAGAGCGUCCCUGCCGGGCUGGUGGAGGAGGCCCUCCUUGCCAUCCACGCUGUGCAGGAGGCAGUCGUGGUGGGCCUGCCCGACCCCCGCCUGGGUCAAACAGUGGCAGCCGUCGUGGUGUUGCGCCCCGAACCGACGGCUGGCGACGCUAGUGGCCCAGAAAUCAGCUGCACCACCAGCGGGGCGGUGCUGCAGCGACUGCGGCAGGGCGGGGCCUUGGCGGGCUUCCAGCUUCCGCGCAGCAUCACAAUCAUGGGUGCAGGUGACAUACCCCGGACAGCCACGGGGAAAGUGCGGAAGCAGGAGCUCGUGGCACAACUCCAGGCUGUCCGGGCAUCCAAGCUGUAG